AUGCCUGCCUCUCAUACCUUCGGAUCUCCAAACCAGGACAACUACCCGUCUAGCAGAGCAAUGGAAGGCCAACAUGUGUCCGGGGGGUCCAGCUUAGUCCCUGGGUAUUUGGAGAAUGGAAGGUUGUAUGGGGAUUACAAGAAAGGGCAAUACAUGUUCCCUAUCGAUGAGUUGGAGAAAGACAGACUCGACAUGUUUCAUCACUUAUUUUUGCUCACUCGCAAUGGGCAACUAUUCUCCGCACCCCUUCCAAAUCAGGAAAGCCCGCGGAUCCUCGACUUGGGAUGUGGAACUGGAAUAUGGGCAAUUGAUAUGCAAGACCGAUAUCCAGUCUAUGGUAGAGUUGUUGGUGUGGAUCUUGCUCUUAUCCAGCCAGAAUAUAUCCCGGAGCAUCUCCAGUUCGAUAAAAUGGACAUUGAAGAGCCAUGGUUAACCAAGAUCGGAGGUACCUUUGACCUAAUUCACCUACGCACACUCAAUGGUAGCAUCUCCGACUGGCCAUUUGUAUAUGACCAGAUUUACAAGCACCUGAAGCCCCAUUACGGCUUUGUUGAGCAAGUAGAAUUCGACUGGAUCCCACGCAGUGACGAUAUGAGUCUACCCCAGAAUUCUUAUUUCCUACGAUGGGCCCAAGAACUCAUGCGGGCGAUGGAUACAGUUGGGCGUCCUAUGAGAUUGAACAGCCUUCUCAUCAAGCAGCGAAUGAGACAGGCUGGACUGGAGGAUCCUCAAGAGCAGGUUAUCAAGGUUCCUAUCAAUGGAUGGCCAGAGGAUGCUCAUGACCGCGAGAUUGGGCGAUGGUUCAACCUUGGUCUCACCCAAGGGCUAGAGGCUCUCACCUUGGGUCCCUUCACCCGGGUGCUCGGGUAUAGCGCAGACGACGCAAAGGAUCUGAUCGGCCGGGUGAAGGAGGAGAUUCGGUCGCGGAAAAUACAUGCGUAUUGCACACUGCACACUUUCACGGCGAGGAGACCGGCAUAA